GCUCUCAAACAUGCUGAGAAAAAGUUUCAUUUUUGUUUCCGUGGCUCUGAGCCUCAGACGGGACUUCAUCUGUCAGCGCUUCGGUUUGAUUUAGAUUCUGUGCGCCACGCCGUUGCAUCCAAACGUCUCCCAAAGGAUUUUACGCACAGGUUUCCAGAGAAAGUGGAAGUGGAAUGUGUGUUUUUUCGGACUUAAUUCCUGGAUUAAUCCCACACCAGUAUUUGAAAGUCUCCCUUCUGUAAUGCAUCUGCUGUUUGUGGCUUUGAUGAGAGCAUGUUUGUAAAAACUCUGCUGGAGCGCACGUGUCUCUCGCUCUCCGGCGCUGCGGGCUGCUUGCAGUAAAGGCUGGGUCUUAGACUUCAUAUUUGUUCUGUUAAUGAUCAUUUGAAGAGGAUUGGAGAAACGUUGAGGAGAUGACAGCUGGUUCUUAUCGGAUCCGCGUCCUGCUGCUGCUGCACCUGGCGGCGCUGCUGGGUGCGAACCGGGUCCAGAAGAAGGCCACCAGGGCCCGAUCCUGUCUGGAUCUUCCGGAGGAGAUUCUGGAGCAGAUGUUCGGACGGCUGUCCGUGGGAGUGAUGAGCGCUUUCCACCACGCCCUGCAGCUGAAGCCGCAGGACAAACUCAACUUGAGCUGCCCGUCCGCGGCGGGGACCCUGAGCGCCAGCAGGACGCGCCUCCCGGUCAACCUGCUGAGCGUUUCCCCCUGGGCCUACAGGAUUUCAUACGACCCGACCAGAUAUCCUCGCUCCAUCCCUGAGGCCUACUGCCUGUGCAAAGGCUGCUUGAUUGGACCAUCAGGAGAGGAGAGCAGGCAGUACCGCAGUAGUCCGGUUUACGCUCCGUCCGUCAUCCUCAGGAGGACCGGGUCCUGUGCCGGCGGGCGCCACUCCUACUCUGAGAUCUACGUCUCCAUCGCUGUAGGAUGCACCUGCGUUCCAGUGCUGGAGAAGGACAGAGAGCUGCAGAGCAACCAGAGCCUGAAGAGAGGAGGAGCCAAAGCCAGGAGAGUCUCUGCUGCAGGAAACAAGGGCUGAAGAUGCUCUGCCUGACUCAUUGGUGCAAAGCUUUUACAUCACACUACUAACAAUAAGUCAGGAGUGUUUGAUGAACUUGGAAUAACUUACUGGUAAAAUCAGCUUUUUAUAACCAAAUGUUGAGACUCGGGUUUCUGCUCGGGAACUCGAUUUAUUCAAUUUGAUUUAUUUAAAGUCCCCUUCAACAUUUUUUUCAUUUUCUUUAAACAUUCCCAGUGGGGUUUUAAUCAAUACUUUGAAGUUUUUAACAAAAAUUCCACAUCCUAAAUGUCUUAAAAAGCCAUUUUUCCUGUUGAUCUGAAGCCUUUGUUUCCAAAAAUCCCUCUGUGUGGGCGUGGCUUAUGGUGCUGAGCUGCGUAACUCCACCCCUUAUUCCUCCAGACAUGCUAGCGAGACACAGACUUUGAUAAGCCCAUGAAAAAACAAAAAUAA